GGAGGAGGAGGAGGCGAGGGUGAGAGCAGAGGGAGCUCAAAUUCAUUUCUGCUGCUGCUGCUGUUGGAGGCGCAGCACAUUGCAAAGGCACAACAUGACGCGCGAGCACCCGGGACGCACGCUUGGCUUUCCAAUGGAUUACUCUCACAAACAGCCGUGAACCGCAACGACAGCGAAGACAACACAAGCAGCUGCCACACUGAGGACUUACACAGAUCUUCCACACCUUCUUUCUUUUUUAUAACACUGACCAAAAAAAGUUGAAUGAAGACACACUGAUUUUUUUCCCCCCAAUUAAUUCAGAAUGGAGAGAAAUGGAUUGAAGAUGUGAAUGUUGUGGGUAUUUUUUGUUGCUUGUGCACCACUGAAGUAGAUAAUAAAGACAAGAGCAAAACACACGGAGAGAAAAGGACACGCGUGACAAGUCUUACCAUGCACUGACAACAAGGAAUGGAAAGCAUCAGCGUGGAAACGGACUGGGAUGGGUUAGGCCUCUCCUCUUCUCUGGGCAUCAGUGGAAGAAGCAAUUUCUCUUCCUCGUUCGUGUCUGAGCGGAACACAUUCAAUACUUCCCACAGCGGGGGAUCCUUCUUUGGAUUCUUCCCAGAGAAUGGUUCCAGCACCACGCCCUUCACUCUUCCCCAACCCAGGGUGAGGGACUUGGGCCUGGCCCGGGCGGAGAUCGCGGUGCUCGGGUUGGUGCUGGCUCUGACCACCCUGGGGAACAGCUUCGUGUUGUGGGUGCUGCUGAGGAGACGGAAGCACAACGCACCGAUGCACGUGUUCAUGGUGAACCUGUGCAUCGCCGACCUGGUGGUGGCGCUUUUUCAGGUUCUUCCCCAGCUCAUAUGGGACAUAACAGAAAGAUUUCAGGGCCCUGACUUGCUCUGCCGGUCCAUCAAGUACUUGCAGAUUGUGGGCAUGUUUGCCUCCUCCUACAUGAUAGUUGCUAUGACAGUAGACCGGCACUAUGCCAUCUGCUGCCCACUGCAGGCCUACCGUGGGGGAGCCAUGUCCCGCUGGAACACCCCUGUCAUGGUAGCCUGGGGUUUGGCUCUAGUCCUCAGCGUACCGCAGAUAUUCAUCUUCUCCCGCUCAGAAGUGGCUCCUGGAGAGUUUGAGUGCUGGGGUCACUUUGCCGAGCCGUGGGGGCUGAAGGCCUACGUCACCUGGAUGACGGUGGCGGUGUUCCUCCUGCCUGCCCUCAUCAUCACCAUCUGUCAGAUAAGAAUCUUCCGUGAGAUUCACAACAACAUCUACCUGAAGUCGGAGAGGAUGGUGAUGGCGGAGUUGAAGAAGAGUGAAAUCCUCUUUCGCUUCCACGGCUUCAAGAAGGAGGACGAGCGGGCCAGGGAGAGGGGGAGACGGGCAUCUGGAGGUGGGGGCAGAGGAGGGCAGCUCCUGAAGGGUGCGAAUAACAGCCCUCACAAUAACACCCACAGCAGCCAAGUGGGAGAGUGUUAUGACUAUGUGCCAGCUGCUAUUCAGUACAACAGUUGCCACAGUGAGCAUGUGACGACAACAACAACAACAGCAACAACAUCAACAACGCACCAGCAAACCCCGAGCAGUUUGGAUUGCCAGGAGUCCUACAGUAGCUCUCCACGCUGCUCGCUGGACUACGCCCCCCCUCCGCCUCCAGCCACCCCACCUCCGAGCAUCACAAAAGCCAUGUCCAAGACAGUGAGGAUGACUCUGGUCAUUGUGCUGGUCUAUACGAUCUGCUGGUCGCCGUUCUUCAUCGUCCAGCUGUGGGCCGCCUGGGACCCCAACCCUCCAGACCAAGCAGGCGUGGCCUUCACCAUCCUGAUGCUGCUGGCCAGUCUGAACUCGUGCACCAACCCGUGGAUCUACACAGCUUUCUCCAGCAGCGUGUCCAGAGAGCUGCAGAACCUGCUGCGCUGCCGGUCACGACCCAGCCGCCGGGGGUCCCUGCCCGACGACUCCACCACCACGCACACCUCGACCACCAAGGACAGCCUGUACUGACAGAAACGGACACACAGAGACGUGCUUGAAAACACAUGCAUGAGUGCACACGCUGCAAGGAUGUGUCAUUGCACUCAGCUGCAGCGUCACAGCCUGAGAACAGCCAGCCCUGACCUCCGCCAGAUGUUUUCCGCAACAAAGGACAGCUGCACUGUCAGCAGGACUUCAGUCUGUAAUCACUUGUCUUCUCCACCUCAGCAGUAAGGAAGGAUGUCAUUGAAGCCGUCAUCACCACAUUCAGCCUCUCAGUUCAUCUGCAAGGCAAAAUUACCUGGAAAGUAAAGAGUAAAGAGAGUAAAUCAUCUCUUCCGUUGCUGUUGACUACGAACUUGUGCAGUAAUUCAUGUGAAGAAAAAAAAAACACUCCUGCUUUUGCUCAGACAUAGCAGAGCAAAAGGAAUGCAUGGGGUGGAUUGCUGCAUUCAUGGCCUUAUGGCACGCCUAAUGUACAAAGCAGCAGACAAAGCUAUGGGUGUGAAGAAAACCAAGCAGCAGGAUAAGGAAAGAAGGAAUGAAACACAUGCAGACAGCAUGAGAGACUGAGACUGCUGCUGGUCUGGAAACAGACGGGGGAUGUGAAGGAUGUUACGGCUGCAGCAGUGGUCCUGAGAAGGCUGUAGUCGAAGUCUAAUAAUGCAAACAAACUGUGUUAUAUCAAAGAAAGUGGAUUAGAGAUGGAUGCUUGAGGCUGCAUAUAUAUUCACUCAGGAGGAAUUCAGUCACGAGGAACAACCGCGAUUUAUUAGAACGAUGGACAGAUUCACUCACGAGGACGGUGCAGGUCAAGACUCUGCCCCAUGAGGAGCUUUAAAACUGUGGAUUAACAGACGGAAAGAGACUCUCACAACACUCACAAACAAACAAGAGUGACAGUUUAGGGCCUAGAAGAAUACAAACAAACAACCCGGGUUUCCAUAGCCAACUGGGAAGCAAUUAUGUGAUUGUGUUUUGUACAAACAGAGCUUAUGAGGUACACGAAAUGACCUUCCGUCGUGUUCUCAGGAGAGAGAACAUUAUUCAGAAGACACGGGAAGGAAGCAAACGAGAAACAUUCAACAGCAACAUUCCAUGUACAGUGAUGAACAAUGUAAAGUAUAUUUAUUGAAAGUGUAAGGCACAUUAUUACAUGUUGUGUAAGAUAAAAAGUCAGAUGUAAAGCAUCAACUGUAAUGGUCCAAGGUAUGUAGUAGAAAACAAGGAGAUAUCGAACCAAAGAUGUUUUUUUAUAGCUUCACUUUUAAGGUCUUAAUAAUGGAGAUGUUACAGAGCUUCAGCAGAUGAAAACAGACAAGCAAAGACAAAUAACGUUAUUUCAGCUGCAAAUCUAUUCAAGAAAAGACCUCACAUCAACAGUACAAAUACUCUGAGUCAAAACUAAGUGCCUGCGAUGUCAGUAAACGUUUUCAGAGGGGCCUCCCUCACUGGAUUAAUCUUCAAAUGAUGUCAGCCAUGUUAUUCUUAGACGGAGCUACCACCAGAGCAGGGAUCACAGGAUAUGUUAUAUCACACCAUGAGCCAUGUGGUCUCCUUUCUUCUUUAUUCAUCCACUGUAUAAAUGAAAAUUCACACGCACACUCAAACACACAUGCAGAUGUAUAUGUCAGUUCCUGUUACUGCUUUUCAGGUAUAGUUUUUAUAUUGUAAUUUCUGUGUAAACACUAAUGUAUUAUGCCCCAUCAACUGCAUGACUUAAAAUAAUAAUCCUAAGACUUUUUAUAAAUAUGAAAGUCGAAUUCUAUAAGAUACUGUACAUGCAGUAGAUGUGAUAACUUUAUGUGUAUAAAAUUAGAUUAGAGCUCA